UUGCUUAGUUUCAGACCGUAUCUGUUAUCCCGUGUGCGCGUGCAUAUGAGAGGGGAGCCACCUGGUGGUCUCCGCAGUCCCCACUGCUCCCUCUCUAUAUCACUGUCUCUGCAUGCUAUGGCACAGGGAUGUGCAUAGGCUAGGCAUGAGCAGAGGCACAGAGCAGGCACACAGAAGAGCCAUUGCACCUGUCUUCGAUUUAUAUAGCCUCUAACAUUUGCUCCCUUGUGUUGUUUCUCUAAUCCAAACACAGCACCAUCCUCCCAUUCUCUAUCCAUUGCUCGUUUGAACAAGAGGGAUGGCUAAUGGUUGCCCCACAACUACCACAAGCUCCCUCCUCCUCUUCUUCCUUCUCUCUUGCCUGCUUAGCGGCCGUGCUCUCUGCAACCAAGGUCACCAUGGCAGAACAUCAGUUUAUGUAGAACAAUAUCCCCACCAGGAAUUGCCUGAAAAACAUAUAGUUUUGGAGGAGACCGUGAAGGGUCUAAACAAGGACAAACUGCCUAUGUAUGCAAGGAGAAUGUUGAUCGGCUCCACUGCUCCGAUAUGCACAUACAAUGAGUGCAGGGGGUGUCGAUUCAAGUGCACUGCUGAGCAAGUCCCAGUGGAUUCAAACGACCCUAUGAACAGUGCUUACCAUUACAAGUGUGUUUGCCACAGUAACAACCACCUAUACAAACGUGCAGUAUGUUAAACUAGACAAAUCACAGAAGAAAGCUGAUGAUGACGAAGGGCAUGCAAAGGGAAGGCUUUUGUGCAGUCUGCAAUCCAUCAGCAAACCAGACUUCAUUGUUGAAGUUUAACUAAGAAGAUAUUCCUGAGAAAAAUGUCAGACGAUCACAUGCAUCUCUCCAACUUAAGCUAACAUGUAUAAUUUGAUGGCUGUACAACAUUAUAUCAAAUCCACGAAGAUUUAUUAGAUGAAGGGCAAAAAUAUUCUCGAAAAUUUAAGACUUUUCAAUGCCAUACAGAGCAUGUAGAAGGCCUGCAGACUGCUCUGUAUGUAUCCAACAAAAAACUUGUGGAGGAUUCGUGCCAACAGGAAAUAUUUACAAGCAAGAGCUCUGUGCAUGAGAUACCACCGUUGAGCUACGGCUGCAACAUGU